GUGAGCGCCAAAUGACUUGGGAGCACAUUUGUGAUUGGUUGUAAACCCCCUAAUAGGGAGAUGGAGUGUGAGGAACAGACACGCAGAGAGACACAGAUGCAGAUAUAAACCCAGAGGGAAAGAGGGACAGCAUGAGUGUGCAUGCUGAUGGGGAUAGGCGCGCGUGGAGCUACAGAGCUGCAGAAUCCUGAAUCCAGCAGAUGGUGACUCCGUGUCCUUGUUUUGCGGUGAUCCGUGGGAGCAACAUGCAGCUCGCGCCGCUGCCUCGCACUGCUGCAGUGGAGGAGUAAAUGCGGAGCCCGACACUGCUCCAGGUGAUCCACAGCAGCCCAGCCCGGCAGACUGCUCCCUCCUUAGCCUUCCCUCUCCUCCUCCUCCUCCUCCUCCUCUUCCUCCUUCUCCUCCUCCUCCUCCACCUCCUCCUCCUCUUCCUCCUCCACCACCUCCUCCUCCUUCUCCUCUGUCAGUGCUCCGUUCCUCAGAGGGCUUUGAAAAAAAUACCAGGACAGGAGCAGAAAAACAGAGGAGAAAUCCGGCUUUCCCCCUCCAUUCUCAGAUGUGAAACACCUCUGCAUGACUGUGAAGACGCACCGCAUAUGUGCUCAAAUGUCUCCGGAACACGGACUAGCUGCAAGACCAGAAGUUUCCACAUUGGUCCCCGUCUCGAAAGUUCAAUGAAGGCAGACGCGUCCCUCCAGCCAGGAACAUGAAGGGGUUAUCGGGCAGCCGCUCCCAGCACCAAAUCCCUUUACCCUACGGCUUGGACUAUGACCCGCACGUCCAUGACGUCCACGCUCACCAUGGCGCUGAGUCACGUCACUCUUCCUACCUGCUCAGCCCCACAGAGAGCUGCCCCAUGGACUUCCACCACCGGUACUCCCCGCGGAGCUCUAUCCACUCUGACUGCAUGAUGAUGUCCCCCGUCAUGAUGCCCCCAGCUGCUACAUCUGACCACAUUUCCAGCAGCACCUUCCCAAGAAUGCACUACAGCUCUCAGUAUUACGACUCGGCCACAAGGGACGACUGCGCUGCCAUCACAGCCUCUGCCACUUCCCCAGCUGUAGCUGCCGCCGCCGCCGCCGCCGCCGCCUCCUCCCACCUCUCUGGCACCAAGAGCAACCGCCUUCCUGCUAACCUACUAGACCAGUUUGAGAAACAACUGCCACUUCAUCGCGAUGGCUUCCACACGUUACAGUACCAGCGCACCUCCACCACCACUGAGCAACGCAGCGAGAGUCCUGGCCGCAUCAGACACCUUGUUCAUUCCGUCCAGAAGCUCUUCACCAAGUCCCACUCCCUGGAGGGAUCAUCCAAGAUGAAUGGCACAAAAGGUGAUAUGAUGGGAGGUGGAGGAGGAGCAGGGGGUUAUCACCAUCAUGGCCACCACUCCGUCAAACAUGGUAGCAAGAGGAGCAAAAGCAAAGAACGAAAGCAACGCUCGGGUGGCUGGUGGAGCUCCGACGACAACCUGGAUAGUGACAGCACCUACCGCACACCCAGUGUCAUGUCCAGACACCACGGGGAACACGUCAGCCACUGCUACCCUGAUUCCAUGCACAGCCACCACUAUGGAGAUCUGUCACUCAAGACCUCUAAGAGUAACAAUGAUGUCAAGUGCUCUGCCUGCGAGAGCAUGGCCAUGGCACCCGAGGGCAAAUUCAUGAAGAGGAGCUCCUGGUCGACACUUACAGUCAGCCAGGCAAAGGAGGCCUAUAGGAAGUCAUCGCUUAAUCUAGAAAAACCCAUGAUGCAUACAGACCUCAAGCCUUCCAUGCGUACAUGUCACUACCUGCAGGUGCCCCAGGACGAGUGGAGCGGAUACCCAGGUGAGAACGAUGAUGAGAUACCAUGUCGGAGAAUGCGUAGCAGUAGCUAUGUCAAAGCUAUGGGAGAAGUGGAUGAUGAAAGUGGUGACUCUGAGACCAGCCCUAAGACCUCCCCACAGAAGUCCAUACGGCCUGAUGCUCUCGUCCUCAAAUCAGCCAUGCAGAGACCCCAUUUAGACUCCCAAAGCCAGGGCUACCACUUGCAAACCAGGGAUAUGCGGCCCCACCCAAGUGUCACGCUGGACCCUGCCACUUUUCAUCCCCCACCCUUCCGGUCUCGCAACCAGAGCUACAUGCGUGCCGUCAGCACCCUCAGUCAGGCUAGCUGCGUCAGCCAGGUGAGUGAGACUGAGAUCAAUGGCCAGUUUGAGUCAGUUUGCGAGUCCGUUUUUAGUGAAGUAGAAUCCCAGGCCAUGGAGGCUUUGGACCUGCCUGGUUCGUUCCGCACUCGAAGCCACAGUUACCUCCGUGCUAUUCAGGCUGGUUAUUCCCAAGAUGACGACUGCUUGCCUUCAAUGACAUCCUCCACUGUCACUUCAACUCUCAGAUCCACAACAGAGGGAUAUGAUCUUUUGGAUGGGACCUCUUUACUAAAUGAAGACAUGAUAGAGGAUGAUGAUGGUGCUAGCUCCUCUGCAUAUGCAGAGCUGGAGAGGCUGGAGAGAGAGACUGCUGCUGCUCGCAGCCACCACAGUACUAGCUCCACCGUAACAGCCAUCUCUGUCCCACCGGCAUCCCCGCCUUCAUACAGGGUCCCUUCUGCAUCACCCAUAUCCUCUGAGCCACCGGUCCCUCAGGCCAUCCAGGCCUUUAAAGAGUCUGCCAACAUGGUUGCUGCCUUCAACCUGCAAUGGAAGGAUGAAAUCUCGGCAAUGCGUUACGAGCUGGCAGAGCUGCGUAGAGAUGUCUGUGGGGAAUUAAAGACUUUCAAUAGCAACUUCUUCAACUUUACUCAGUGCUACAACAUGUGGACUUUGUGCCGGGAACCUUGCAGUGACAGCAUGACACAAACAGAUGACAGAGUCUCUAUAGGGAUCCAAGCAGGCUCAAGUUGGUCAGUUCGACAGAAUAAAGAGGACAAGUCAGUGAUGUGCCAACCAGAGCCAGCACCAUUCAGCAUUAUGGAUUUGAUGGAACCCCCCCGAAUUGAGAUCAUAGAGGGAACCCCUGAGACCACCCCAGAGGGGUCCGGCAGCCCUGCCAGCCCACUUCCAAUAGAGGACUUCCCAUGGGAGAUCAUCAAAAAGCAAAAGCCUCAUAAGCAGCCAGAAACAGGAUGCCACACAGGUGGACACAGGAGCGCCAGUCUAGAACUAUGGAGCAGAAAGUAUACAAGUGGGCCCAUGUCAUAUCUGUCUAUGUCAUUCUAAUCAUUCCCAUUCUUCGCAUACGGUAAAAUGAGAUGAGGAGGCCAGGGAUAAAACCUGACCUUUACCAAGAAAGACAGGCCAGUGCUGUUGUUAGAUGUCCCUUUACUCUAUGCAGACACAUAGUCUGUCAUCUCUUGAACAGGUUAAAAAUGUUGUUCAAGCAAUCUUUUAACAAGUGUCUUGCUUAGCCAUUGAAUAAAAGCGAAUGGUUCGUUUACACCUGAGUGAGGUGGAGAGAAUGUGAAAGAAAUAGUGGCCGAUGUACAGAUCCUCAAGUGCCAACAAGGGCAACAUCAUGUUCCCUCCAUUGUCUUAAACAUCCCACCUUCAGAAGAAGUCAAUUUAAGCAAAAUGGUCAGAAAUCUGAAGGUCUUUCUAAAGAAAAACUCAAUAAUCAGCCAUUGUAAGAUGGGGCAUAAGUCUGUCUGUUUCUGUACGAUAAUUUGAAUAGCUAAUAUUCAUUCCAGUUUCUCGUCAUGAUGGAACAUUCUCUUAAGCACCUGAGUACACUGAAAAAAUACUGUGAAUAACUUUAUAAACCCUAGUUUUAUAAUGAAUGCAUAAAAGAGGACUUGAGCAUAAUCUAUGAAUCUAUUGUCAUAUCAUUUUGUUUUUAGUUAUUUCAAUUUAAGCAUUCCUUUGUCAUGGCCUUCAUACAUUUCGUAGCCAGUUCCAGGUGAAGUGGCCAUUUUGAGAAAUUCAAUUAAAAUGUUUUUCAAUGUCGUACUUGUGAAACAGUAUAAAGCAGUUACUGUAAUAGUUUUUUUUUUCUUUAAAGAUAGUACUGACAAAACUUAUAAUAACCCCUAUUACAUUUGGUACAGCCAAAUCCACUGGAAUACUGUAUGGAUGACACUGUCUCAAGGCUUUGAGGACAUAGUCCCUGGCUUAAAUUGUUUACGAUGAAUAGUUUGUGACUGACUUCUUAGUCUAACAGCAAAUAUAUGGAAAAAAAAAGUAAGUAGAUAAACAGUGGUUGUGAAGUAUGAAUGUAAUGGCUUCAAUUCAUUCCUGCACAAACUGAUUCAUUUUCAAAUUCUGUAUAUGUAUAUAAAUGUACCAUUUUGUAUAUAUAGAAACUUAUAUUCAAUUCUUGUACUGUUUGCUGUGAUAAACAUACUGAUUUCUGACAGCA